GAGCCCUACAAGUGUCACGUUACUCUAUUUACCCAUGUUAGUGAUGAAAGUGACUUCCACUCAGGUGAAGAUCAGUCACAGGUUGUAUAAAAGUCCAGAUACAAAAUUCUCAAUCUCUCUCGACUUAAUCGAGCGACGGCAAACCCAAAGCUGCCAUCGCUUUUCUGCCACCAGUUCCAUCAUUCACCAACAUAUUCAUCUUUCUGAUUGCUGUCUAAAAUCGUAAUUCGACAGUAAACUGUUCCACAUAAAUUGUUGCUUCAUAUCUUGAGUUAUAAGUGGUGAAUCUUUGGGCAGCCUGGACCUGUUAAACCUUUCUUGGAGACUGGUUUCAUCUGAUAUUUUGAUGCUGAAAUGAUGUGGUUGCAAUAGGCAUUCAUCCUGGCUCUCGAGACUCUUUCAUAGAAUUCCAACAAAAUUUCUAGAUCUAAUCAGAAGAAUUAUGAUUCCUUUAUGAUCUAAUGCUAUAGUUUCUCAGGAUUCUUAAUAGAACUACACUUUCAAGUAUCGCAAUACUGGUGAUGCCUUCAUUCUAAAUGAAGACAGCUAGAGCAUGGCACACAGGCAUAAAAGAUUUUCUUACAGUAUCUGGUUCUCGGCAGCGACCACAUCUUAAAAGACCAAACUGUGUUAUUGUCUUUUUGUGUUUAGUAAGCAUUUUUGUGAUUGGAGUCUAUAAAUACUGGCCCAGGAACUCUGCAGCCUGCCAUAUCUUUUUCUCCGAUAGUUGUUUCAAGUAUGAUCAGGUGCCAACUGUUCCUUCCCGAGAAUUAACUGAUGAAGAGAUUGCAUCCCAAGUGGUCAUCAGAGAAAUUUUGAUGUCAUCUCCUGUUCAAUCAAAGAACCCAAAAAUAGCUUUCAUGUUCUUGACUCCUGGUUUGUUACCUUUUGAAACACUAUGGGACAAGUUCUUUCAAGGCUACGAUGGUAGAUUCACUGUUUAUGUGCAUGCCUCACGAGAGCAACCUGCACGUGUGAGUCCAUACUUUGUUGGUCGGGAUAUACGGAGUGAGAAGGUUGCUUGGGGAAAAAUAUCCAUGGUUGAUGCAGAGAGGAGACUCUUGACAAAUGCACUUGAAGAUCCAGAUAACCAGCAAUUUGUUUUGUUAUCUGACAGCUGUGUACCAUUGCAUAACUUUGAUUACGUGUACAACUACCUAAUACUUACGAACGUUAGUUUCCUUGACUGUUUUGAUGAUCCAGGUCCACACGGAGGUGGUAGGUACUCGGAACAUAUGUUGCCUGAAGUUGAAUACAAGGAUUUCCGCAAGGGUUCACAGUGGUUCACUUUGAAGCGGCAGCAUGCUAUACUAGUUAUGGCCGACAGUCUUUACUACAGGAAGUUUCGGCUUUACUGCAGACCAGGUAUGGACGGAAUCCAUUGCUACCCCGAUGAGCAUUAUCUCCCGACACUUUUCCAUAUGGUUGAAUCUGGUGGAAUAGCCAAUUGGUCUGUGACGUAUGUAGAUUGGUCGGAAGGAAAGUGGCAUCCAAAAUCAUAUUGGCCGCACGAUGUUACAAAUGAGUUUCUAAAGAACAUUACGGCCCUUGAUUAUAGCCUACAUGUCACAAGUGAUGAAAAGAAAACAAAGAUGAUUAAAGAAUGCAUGUGGAAUGGAAGUAGACGACCGUGUUACCUAUUUGCAAGAAAAUUCUAUCCUCAAGCAUUGGAUAAAUUGAUGCAACUUUUUUCGAAUUAUACAGUAUCCUAAAAGAGCUUCGAAAUCGUAACUCUUUGGUCAGUUCAAGAAAGUACAGUCAUCAUCGCUGAAAAGCAAUCGAAAAGACUAGAUUCAUGAAGGGAAUAUACGCAAUAAACCAAAACCAACAUGAACAAACCAGCUAUCGGACAAAAGUUCAUGAUUGUAGCUAGUAUUGGUGUUUAUUUCAUUUUGUAUAUGAAACAUCAUCCAGAUGUUUGUUUAGCCAUGACUUCCUUAUUACGGGAUGAAUGACUCUGAAUUGGCUUCUUCUUUGCAAACAACAGAACUCCUUUUGGCU